AUGAAUAAUCAAGUAUCAUCAAACCAGAUCAAAUUUGAAAGCAAAAUGAUGGACUUGAGGGUCGGUAAGAAAUACCGCAUCGGCCGUAAGAUAGGCCUGGGUUCCUUCGGUGAUAUCUAUUUGGGCACCAACAUCAUCUCUGGCGAAGAAGUAGCCAUCAAAUUAGAGAACGUCAAGGCCAAACAUCCUCAAUUAGAGUACGAGGCUAAGGUUUACAAGGCCUUGUCCGGCGGCGUGGGCAUUCCGUUCGUCAGAUGGUACGGCACUGAAUGUGACUACAACGCCAUGGUUAUCGACUUGUUAGGUCCCUCUUUGGAGGACCUUUUCAACUACUGCAAUAGAAAGUUUACUUACAAGACCGUUUUAUUGUUGGCCGAUCAACUUAUUUGCAGAAUAGAAUACAUCCACGCUAGAUGUUUUAUACACAGAGAUAUAAAACCUGACAACUUCUUGAUGGGUAUCGGUCGUCGUGGCUCUCAAGUUAAUGUGAUCGAUUUCGGUCUCGCCAAGAAGUACAGAGAUCCAAGAACCCAUCUUCACAUCCCUUACAGAGAGAAUAAAAACCUCACGGGUACUGCCAGAUACGCCUCCGUUAACACUCAUUUGGGUAUCGAGCAGUCCAGAAGAGAUGACUUGGAGAGUUUGGGUUACGUGUUGAUAUACUUCUGCAGAGGAACCUUGCCAUGGCAAGGUUUAAAGGCUGCCACGAAGAGACAAAAGUACGACAGAAUCAUGGAGAAGAAGAUGACUAUUUCUAACGAUGUUUUAACUAAGGGUCUCCCAGCAGAGUUCUUGGAAUACAUGAGGUAUAUCAAGAACUUAAGAUUCGACGACAAGCCUGAUUAUCCAUACUUGAGGAAGUUGUUCAGAGAUUUAUUCAAGAGAGAAAACUAUAGAUAUGAUUACGUGUUUGACUGGACGCUUUACAAGUUCCAGCAAGAAAGGCAGAGAGAGCAGUUUAAGAUUGCCGAUGGCCAGAAUGAUCAAAACCAAAACUCCCAAUCCCAACCACAACAACCUCAUCAGCAACAGCAAUCUCAGCAACAACAAACACAACAUCAGCAGCAUCAAUCAGGUAAUUCCCAACAACAAAGUCUGCAGCAGCAGCCACAAGCACAGCCCCUCCAAAGGCAGGUUCCAUCUUCUUCACUUCCACAGCAGUCCAUUCCACAAAUGACCGCCAGCCAACAAAAGGCUCUUAAUGAGGCAGGAAAGAUGCAACACAUGCGCUCUCUGUCUCAUUUGCAAAGCGGGCGUUUAUCGGAGGGAAUGCAUGGUCAAGCUUAUGAUCAAGAGCAGGGUGGAUCAAGGUCCAACACGAAUCCCGCAUGGAUUUAA